UCAAAACAGAUCGUAAGAAGUCGUAGCGGGUGCAUUCAUAGCCGGCGGUCAAGAGACGCCGGUCUCUCGCCCGUUCCAUUUAAUUUUUAUUCGCAAAUUCUCAGCAUAGUGCCAAAGGACUGUUGACGCGUAUCUAGGAAGGCGCACUCGAACUAAUAUCGGCUCUUAAAUUUUUUAUCUCAGAAUAACGUCGUGUUUCAAGUGAGCCUCUUGACUCACUUUUUCACAAUGACUAAAAUUCCAGAAGCAUUUCUAAAACAGUUAUGGCUCACCUUCGGCGCGUCACUCGCUUUCCUUAUCAUUGGCCUGGUCCGAGGAUAUUCAGCUUCCGCUAUACCUUCAAUAGAAAACCUGGAACCGAAUCUCAUUCAACAUAGCGAACAAAAAUCAUGGAUUGGUGCGAUACCGCCAUUGGGAGCCUUCCUGGGCAGUAUGUGUUCCGGACCAUUAAUGCAACGUGCAGGCAGAAAGCGAACUUUGCAACUGACUGCACCGCUUUGGGCUGCCAGUUGGCUAAUCCUUGGAUUUGCACCUAGCUUCCCGCUUGUAUUGUUGGGUCGUAUCAUGUCAGGCCUUUGCGUCGGCUUCGCCUUAGCACCAGCACAAGUAUAUGUAAGCGAAUGUUGUGAUCCUGAAAUCCGUGGAAGACUCGGCUCACUGCCUACACUGUCCAUGUCACUGGGCAUUCUAAUCUCGUACUUGGCCGGUAACUGGUUGUCAUGGAGACAUCUGUCCUUUCUCUCCGCCUUGUUCUGUGUGGUUUUAUUUUUUAUGCUACUCCCGUUGCCUGAAUCUCCAGUAUGGUUGAAUUCAAGAGGCCUGGACAACACGUCCGCGGUGAAGUGGUUGCAUCUCUCCCAACAUGCCAUAGCUACUGUCAAAGAGGACGAUCAAGAGCACAAUGAAAAAGUAGAGGAGCCCAAGAGUCUAUUCACACGUGAAGUGUUCUUUUCUUCAGCGGUCAUCAAGCCCCUAAUUGUGGGUUUUGCGUUGCUUUUCUUCCAACAAUUCAGCGGUAUCGACGCUGUCAUCUUCUUCACAGUCGAAAUAUUCCAAACCGCUGGAAGCAAAUUAGAUGCGAUGACAGCAACGAUCAUAGUGGGUGCCGUGCAGCUGUUUAGUAACGGCGUCAGCACCGUCCUCGUGGACCGAGCUGGCCGUCGGCCGCUGCUGCUGCUCUCAGCGGUUACCAUGUGCGUCUCAAUGCUGUCCAUGGGAGCCGCGUACUACUUCCAGUUUGAGCAUACCUCUUUCCUCGGAUAUCUGCCGAUUGCCAGCCUGGUGGUGUUUAUGUUGGGAUUUUCACUUGGAUUCGGAGGUCUACCGUUUCUACUGCUCGGAGAACUGUUCCCUGCACACUACCGAUCACAGCUGUCUGCAAUGGCCAGUGCCGUGAACCUCAUUUCCAUGUUCACCGUCAUCAAAUCUUAUCAUGCCUUGGAGCACGUAUUAACUUCGGCGGGAACAUUUUGGAUGUACGCUUGUUUCUGCGCAUUAGCCUUCUUCUUCGUUGCGUUCAUGGUUCCUGAGACGAAAGGGAAGUCACUCGCUGAGAUUGAAGAACACUUUCGGGGCAAGAAGAGAAAAAAUGAAGUCGAUUUGAAAUCAGUUCAAACUAAGUUUUAACCAUAGGAAUAAAAGUAAUAUACGGAAAAGAAAUUCGGUCAAAAUAUAUUUUUGAUAUAUAACACCAGUAAAAGCCAAUAAAGAAAUUUAAAUUUACAUUUAUGAAUGAUAACUAAUAAUAAUUAACUUAAGGUCCUUCUUAGUUUUGUUAUUUUAAGGGAUUUGAAUAACGAGCAUGUAUCUCAAGUCGGUUGCGAGCUAAACUGUCAAGUGUUAAUCGUCCAACUGUAAUGUGUAUAUAACAGUACAUUUCCACUGAAACAGUCGGCAAUUUGUGUAUUAGCAACUUUUGUGGUUCCUCGGAAAAUCAGCAACGAUUACAUCACAUAAAUUAUUGUCGACAAACUGAAUUAAAACAGGAAAUUUUGUCACCAAUGCCCUUGGAUAACACGAAAGUUUCAUUUUUUUCUUGUGAAAGCAGAAAGAGCAGCUUUAGACUUACAUAUUUUUAAUUCAUUCCUUUCAUAAAUGCCUUUACCUCAUUAACUUGGUUUAUUAAGUUGGACCUUUAUUUUAUUCAUUAUAAAUACAUUUUAUUACUAAUUUUUUCAGUAAAAGAGAUAUUUUUUUAAACGUUAUUAACUAACUCUUUAAUAAACUAAGGUAAUUGAGUACUAAUUGAAUGCUGCAUCUUUAUUUCUUCCGUUUAAUAAUUUAAGAAGUAAAUAUUUCGUUUAUUAUGGAAUUCCUACAGAAAUAUCUGUGUUUGUAAAUCACACGACAUUGUUAAUUGCACAAAAAUUAUUUAUUUAUUAUAUAUUAGUAAUUACAAAUAAAAGUCGCCAACAAGUGUUAACAACAUAAAAAUUGCGAAUUUUCUAUCGUCCAAAUACAACUAUGCAGAACGUAUUAAAAAUAAUUCUAGCGAUAGUUAAUUAAUAAAAUAGUGAUUAUAGAUGAUAUUAUGUUAAUUGUGUAAUUUUUUUUUGUGAAAAUGUUUCGUUAGCUUAAGUAUUUCAUAUCUGUGAUGUUUUAAUUUUAUUAUAUGUUUGACGUCUCUCAUACUUAGGUUAACACCGUAAAUAUAAUGAAUGCGUAAAGCCAAAUAUAUUUAGGCCGUUGUUAAAACUGCUCUGUACUUUAAAAUAUCUAACAAAAAUGUAUUUAUUAAUGUACAUAAUAAACUUGUGAUAUUGCAUUUAAUUAUUUUUUUUAAGCUACACGUGAAAUGCCAAGAUGGCCCAGUGGUAAGAACGCGUGAAUCUUAACCGAUGAUCGUGGAUUCAAACCCGGGCAAGCACCACUGAAUUUUCAUGUGCUUAAUUUGUGAUUAUAAUUCAUCUCGUGCUUUACGGUGAAGGAAAACAUCGUGCAUGUGUCUAAUUUCACUGAAAUUCUGUCACAUGUGUAUUCCACCAACCCGCAUUGGAGCAGCGUGGUGGAAUAAGCUCCAAACCUUAUCCUCGAAAUGGGGAGAGGAGGCCUUUAGCCCAGCAGUGGGACAUUCACAGGCUGUUUCGGUCGGUCGGGACACGUUAUUGUUUUUGUUUAUGUCCCAUUUCGUUUUAUAGUUGCGACCCAAAGUGAAUAUGUGAAAUUACUGCACUUUAUAAUGUUCUGUAAUAUUAGGGAUCUUGAUGCUAUCUGUCUAAGGUCUUUGUGUCAAAAAAAAUCUUAUAAUCGUCUAAAAUCACGAAA